UCUGAUCGGCCAGGGGGCCAGCGUGGGGGUGGUGAACAGCGAGGGGGAGACGCCACUGGACAUUGCUGAGGAGGAGGCCAUGGAGGAGCUGCUGAAGAAUGAGAUCAACCGACAAGGCGUGGACAUCGAGGCGGCCAGGAAGGAGGAGGAGCGGAUCAUGCUGAGGGACGCCCGGCAGUGGCUCAACAGCGGAACCAUCAACGAUGUCCGACACGCAAAGUCCGGGGGGACCGCGCUCCACGUCGCCGCCGCCAAGGGAUACGCAGAGGUUUUAAAGCUUUUAAUCCAAGCAGGGUAUGAUGUAAAUAUUAAAGACUUUGACGGCUGGACCCCGCUCCACGCUGCUUCACAUUGGGGCAAAGAGGAGGCCUGCAGGAUACUGGUGGAGAACCUGUGUGACAUGGACCUUAUCAAUAAAGUGGGUCAGACAGCUUUUGAUGUGGCAGAUGAAGAUGUCCUUGGCUACUUAGAGGAAUUACAGAAGAAGCAGACUCUGCUCAAUAGUGAAAAGAAGGACGUUAAGAAGUCUCCCUUGAUAGAAACGACAACCACUGGGGACAACAAUCAAAAUCUAAAAUCCAUUAAGAGCAAAGAGACCCUCCUCCUGGAUCCCGAGAAGCCCGCCCCGCGCAUCGAGACCCUGGAACCGGAGAAGGUGGACGAAGAAGAGGAGGGCAAGAAGGACCAGGAGUCCAGCUGCUCCAGCGAGGAGGAAGAGGAGGAAGACUCUGAGUCUGAGACUGAAGCCGACAAGAGCAAGAUUCCUGUCCCUGUGAGCAACAGUAACGGCACUACUGUGGUGCCAGCGCCGACCAGCGUUACGGCGUCCUCCACCUCCCCAACCAGCCCCACUAACCAGGUGACUCCCACCUCGCCUGUCAAGAAGUCUGAUUAUAUUACUGCCCUCAUGCCUGUGGCGGAGCCAAGCUGUCCUGCAUUGUGGCGUCAAGGCUUGCGCAAAACUGGCAUUUCUCUUGGUCCCAAAAAACCCAUGGUGGCCCAGCAGGUGUCCCCUGCCGGUAAGGUCUCUCCUAAAGAGGUCUCCCCUAAAGAUAAACAGGAGGAUGACAAGACUAAGAAAUCGGACGUGUCCCCGGCGUCGUGGCGCCUGGGCCUGAGGAAGACGGGCAGCUACGGGGCGCUGGCGGAGAUCACAGCCACUAAGGAGGCCCAGAAGGAGAAGGACACAGCCGGGGUGAUGCGCUCGGCCUCCAGCCCCCGCCUCUCCUCCUCCCUGGACAACAAGGACAAAGAGAAGGAAAAAGACAAAGGAGCCAGACUUGCCUACGUUGCCCCCACCAUCCCCAGGAGACUGGCCAGUACAUCAGACGUUGAUGAGAAGGAGAACAGGGACUCUGCUGCUAGUCUGGUACGUAGCGGCUCCUACACCAGGAGACGCUGGGACGAUGAGCUGAAGAACAGUGAAGGAAGCGCUUCCACCAACCGAACAACACCCAGCUAUCAGCGCAGCACGUCCCACACGCUAACGCUAGGGCGGAGCGGCAGCACGCGGGACGUGCCAGCCAAGUCCUCGUCCGCCUCCAGCUUGGACCCUAACACCUGUAACACUAAACUCUGGCAGUCGCCCGCCUCCCAGUCUUACAGCAUUUACCGCAGUGGUUCCUUUGGCAGGAGGCACGAGGACCUGGGUUCGACCACCUCUUCCUCCACUAGCACCACCACCACCUCGUCUGUUACCUCGCCCACCGGCCACCGUGACCGAAGCCUGCUCUCCAGCCUGGGCUCCUCCACCCGCACCGGAUCCUCCAGCCUCACCAGCAGGUACUGGGCAGAGGAGAGUGCGGAGAGGGAAAAGGAGCGUGAGAAGGAGUCUGCGACUGUCAUCCCUACGAUUAACACUGGUUCUACCACCACCACAACGUCCACUACUGGCACUAUCAUUGGCUCUGACGGCAGGGAGAGACGCAGGUCCGACACGCGCACAUCGUACCUCACGCCUGUCCGGGAUGAAGAGUCUGAGUCCCAGAGGAAAGCCCGCUCCAGACAGGCUAGACAGUCCAGGAGGUCUACCCAGGGUGUGACUCUGACUGACCUCCAAGAGGCAGAGAAGACCAUUGGCAGGAGCCGCCCCACACGGACCCGGGAGGAGGAGAAGGAAGAGACUGAGAAACAAGACAAGGAGAAGAAGGAGACUGGUGAGACCAAGGAGGACGACUACCGGUCCAGGUACCGCAGCUUCGAAGAGACUUACCAGCGCUACCGUCCCUCCACCACUUCAACCACCUCCACCCUGAGCACGGCCUCCACCCCGUCCUCCUCCACUUCCCUGUCCACCUCCUCCAGCUCCCUCAACAGGCCCAACAGCUUGACGGGCAUCACUUCCUCCUCCAGCUCCCUCAACAGGCCCAACAGCCUGACGGGCAUCACUUCCUCCUCCAGCUCCCUCAACAGGCCCAACAGCCUGACGGGCAUCACCACCUCCUACAGCCGCUCCUCUAGGGACACUGAGAAAGAAUCAGACAAGAAGCAGCAGCAGGAGGAGGAGAAAGAGGGAGAGGAUAAGUCCCAGCCCCGCUCCAUACGGGAUCGCCGGCGGCCCCGUGAGAAGAGACGCUCCACCGGGGUGUCCUUCUGGACCCAAGAUGGGAGUGAUGACAAUGACCCAGACCAGUCGGCGGACUCAGAGGAAGGCAGCAUCAAGGGUGAACCUCAGAGCGACCGACUGUCCAGGAAUGAAAGCAGCACUUCCUCUUUCGACCGAAAUGACCACCUGGGUAGCCGUGGCGAGGGUCGCAGGUCAUUCUCAAGCAGGCUGGACCGAGACGAUAGCACUGACUACAAGAAGCUUUAUGAGCAGAUCCUAGCAGAGAAUGAGAAGCUGAAGGCCCAGUUACGUGACACAGACCUGCAGCUGACUGACUUGAAGCUACAGCUGGAGAAGGCCACACAGAGGCAGGAGCGCUUUGCUGACCGGUCGCAGCUUGAGAUGGAGAAAAGGGAAAGAAGAGCUCUAGAAAGGAAGAUCUCUGAGAUGGAGGAGGAACUCAAGACGCUACCAGACUUGAAAGCAGACAACCAGAGACUAAAGGACGAGAACGGAGCUCUUAUUCGAGUCAUUAGCAAGCUUUCCAAGUAGAACAGACCCCCUCCCCGCCCUCCUGCACCCGCCCACUCCUCCAUGGCAGUGACUAAUGGAAUUGCAACUUUUAGGUAUUAAUUGCAAGAGACAUCAGCAACAAGAAGACUCCUUCUUCCCUCGCUCCUCUCCUCUACCACCACCACAGCAUCCUCCCAUCCAUUUCCUCCCUCUCUCCAUUAGGUUAUUAUCCACUUCAACCUGUGGCUGCUCUCCAGAUAGAACCACUGAGUUUACAUUAGCAAAGGAAAGGGUUGUGAAUGGCAUGUAAAAGCGUUUGCGGGCGGGGAAGCCUCAACUAUUUAACCAAUAAGCCUUAGUUGUACAUAAAACACUUGUAUCGAUCUCUCGGCUGUCACAGAAGAACAGUUAUUUCACCGGAUUUUUUUUGUGCCACAAACUCUUAUUUCAUCUUUUUGUUUUCAUUUCCUGUUUGUUCCUCGACCUACAUACAAGGGUUGUGCGAUGUGUAGUUGUCCUGUUCUUUCUGACCCCCCCAG